AUGUCAGCCACGCCAAGACGAACGAUGCGGCCGCGAGCUGAGAUCAGUUACAAGGAACCUGGCCAACUGAAACUGUCUAUGCUUGAAGCAGACAAAGACAACGAUAGCGAUGAUGCUUUCGAAGGGAGCACAAAGGGAAAAGCUUCGCAACAUAAACGAAAGCACAGCGAUGUACUUUCUCAGUCUUCCCCUGCACCGUCUCAGAGACGCAAGACUGAUAAGACAGGACGAUUACUCUUUGAGACUAGCGAAAAUUCGCUCUUUGGUAUCAUUGCUACCAAGGCGAGUGCCAUUCCUAUGGCUGUCAAAGAAUGGUGGGAACAGUAUGACAGAGACAGAGCAACGGCUGUCUGCAAACUCACAAACAUGGUGCUAGAAGCAGCUGGAUUCAAAGAAAGAUUCCCGGCUUCAGCUUUUGGAAGUGAUGAUGACAUGGAUGUUGAUGACUAUCUGCGACAGCUUGUAGAAACAUGCGCUUCCGGAGAAGCUGAGACUUCAAUCAACUGUUUCACGGGAAACAGCAAGUCUCACAAGAAAGUUCAAAGCCAAUUCUCAGACUUUUGGGACAAGUUUGUCUAUCACGCCCCUGAAUCUGAGCUGCGCAGCAUGCAUGAAAAUCCAUUUUGCCCGUGGUCUCAGCUGAAAAUUCUUCGGUUAGCUUCCACAAUUGUUGGACUGGAAAUCAUGAAUGCAAUUGUUGGACGUGCAAACGAUACUUUGGAUGCUAUGAACAACCUUGAAAGGCUAUAUGAAGCCGCAAAAAGCAAGAAGGAAACUCAAAAGUUGGCAAGGCUUGAGGAACAAUUGGAGGCUAAACGAUCGAUCCGCGGGGAUGCAGAAAAAGCUCUUUCAAGCUUUUUCAACUCUAUUGUCAUUCAUCGGCAUAGAGAUGCUGCACAUGAGAUACGAGCACGCUGUAUUUCAUCCAUCGGAAAAGUGAUCAUUGAUUACAAGUCCAAAUUUCUCGAGAAUUCGUUCCUCAAGUAUAUUGGUUGGGCACUCUACGAUAAGCACGCCGAUGUGAGACUUGCAGCACUUGAGUGCAUCGACAGCUUUUACAGUAAUGGUUUGGAAAACGAAUUAGAAAUGUUUACCGAAAGAUUUCGGGAUCGAAUUCUUGAGAUGCGUUUGGAUGUUACCAAGCAAGUGGCAAUCCAAGCUAUUGAGACUUUGAAAACAAUGGCAACCAAGGAACUUUUGAAAAAUGAUGACAAAGGUGCGAAGGAAGACCAGAAAGACUCCUUCGUUUUCAAGGGGAUUGUCGAAUUGUUGGGAACUGUGGCAUCUGAAUUCCAAGACCUUCAACCUGCAGUCGAAGUGCUGAUUGAGCGUGUUCCUGUUCUUGAGAAUUUCACAAUUGCAUGCGAUGUUUUGCUUGAGGAUACAGGGGAUGAUGCAUUGGAGCCUGAAUAUAAGGUUACACUUGCUAGGAUGAUGUGCGGGACGCUAAGCCUCCUGGCUGGAAAUGUUGAGCAGGAAGAAAAUUCAAACAGAAAGAAGAACCCUGAACAAAAGAAAUUAAAAGAGGCAUGCAUUGUUCUUUCGCAUAAUUUGGCUGCGAUUUUUGGAAAAUUUGGUACAGAAAAAGAAAUGCUCCCUCCACUGGUGGGUUUGUUGCAGCACUUCAACUUGGAUUCCUUCAGCGCAAAGGAUAAGGUCCUGAAAGACAUAGUCGACCGUGUUGUGGAGAUUUCAAAGAAAUCCCAAGAUUUUGAUGUUAUGCUUGCCUGUGGGCAGUCGCUUGCGAAUUUGGAAAAUUCAGAUUACGCAAUGAAAGCAACGAUUCAAACAAGGCUGAAGCCUCUGUAUGAGUCUUUGAAUGCUGAAUUGAAGAAAAUUUCGGAGGCAGUGAGCAAGGUCUUUGGGAGAUAUCUGCAAUCAGAGGGAAAUCAAGACCUGGAAUUUCCGUCAGAUGCUCUCCAAGCUUUGGGCGAGUUCGCAGAAAGUUUACUGUCCAAUAACAUGAAAGCGAAGAUCUUGGAGAGAGUAUCAGAAAUAUUGGAGUACAAGAUGAUCAAGAUCCGCGAAGUUCACUUCGAGUCGUCGCCAUUGCUGCAUAGGCCAUACUCAGCAAAGUUCCAUAACGAGCUCCUGAAGAUCGCAAACGAACAGCUCAUCCCACAAGACCGUUCAGACCGAGUAACUUUCUGGCUGAAAGCACAUCAAAAUAUGUAUAUGAAGUUGGGUCAAAGCGUCUCCUCCGAAAACUCAAACGUUUCGUCUAUGGGUAUGGCACUGAUUGACUCAGUCAGCGUUCUCAGACUCGACGAAGAGGAUACAGAAAAAUACAUCAAGGAUGGUCUUGACUGGACUUUGAGCGACGCAAAUGGAAGAAGCAACUUUCUUGAAAUGCUUGCUAUUCAAAUAAGAUUUUUGUCAAGCUUGCAGGCGAGAAAAAUGUAA